GUGCUUCCUCAAUGAAACUGGAAAAUACUAUCAUACUAUUUAGUACUUAUGGUUAUAUUUGGAAGCUAUCUUCAUUUGUUAUGGAAUUCGUGAUACAGCCUUUACGUUUAUUGCAUUUGACACACAAUUUUUACGAAAGUUCGGUGAUGAUCGCAAAGUUACAUCUCACUCAUUCGAUUUUUCCUUUGUUUUAAUUCCAUAGCAGCGCAUGGAAGAAUGAUGUGGUUGCCUGCUAACAGGGGUGUUACUUUUUGUUAUGUCUCUGUGUAUGUCUUACUACAUAUAUAGCACAAAAUUCACAUUAAAAUAGUUGUGAUAAGUACCUGGCAGUACCAUGUUCUGAUAGAUACCAAGUCUACUAGCAUUCCAUGAAAUGGAUUCCAGUUAUCAUUUGGAAUGUCAUUGCUGAAGUCUGCAAGACAUCUGAACCAUGACUUUCUUCACCAAUGUCUGUCAUUAUUUCCUGGGAAGAUAUCUCUUCGCCUUUGCAUAUGGAUCAAGUGUGUUCAAUCAGAAGAACAACACAAAAGCAGACCGGAUGGUGGACUUCAUCUUUGCUGUAGAUGAUCCUCAGGCAUGGCAUGAAGCCAACAUAGCGAAGAACCCGCGCCAUUACUCCUUCUUAAAAUAUUUGGGUAGUGGCACAGUUGCGUCUUGCCAAAAAGACUAUGGUGCUAAGGUGUAUUUCAACACACUGAUACCUGUAGAAAAUGGGACCAUCAAAUACGGCGUGAUCUCGACAGCGGCGCUGCUCUCCGACCUGCUGGACUGGGACACGCUGUACGUGGCCGGCCGGCUGCACAAGCCGUGCCGCGUCCUGCUGCCGCCCGCCAAUGACGACCUGCAGACAGCGAUGAAGCUCAACCUGCAGUCGGCGCUGCACACGGCGCUGCUGCUGCUGCCCAGCCACUUCACCGAGCGCGAGCUCUACACCAAGAUCACCUCGCUGUCGUACACAGGCGACUUCCGCAUGUGGGUAGGCGAGGACAAGAACAAGGUGGCCAACAUCGUGGACGGUCAGGUGGCGGAGUUCUGCGAGCUGUACGCGCCGGCGCGCGAGUCGCUGUCCGAGUACAUGGAGGUGGUGGAGGGGGCGGGUCGGCAGGACGUGUCGCCGGCCGCGCGGCUCUACCACCUGACCAUGCUGCCGCGCGAACUUCAGCAGGUGUGCCUGGCGCGCCGCUGGAACCGCGACGGCCGACACCGGGACGUGGAGGACGUGCUGCGCGCCGCAGCCUGCGACAUCUACUCCAGCGGCGUCAUCGUCAGAGGUCUGGGCGACAUCGUGCGCAUGCGCAACAUCGCGCAGAGCGUCAAGGGCGUGUUGACGGCUGGCGUGGUCAAGUCGGUCCGCUACAGCGCGCGCAAGCUGGUCAAGAUGUUUCGGAGCAUGUGGAGGUGACCCCCGGGACGGCGCCGGGUGGCCCGGGCGUCCCCCCGGGCCGCGUCGCCGACCCCCUGCACAGACGCGGGCCGGGUGUCGGCGGAGAGUGCCGGCGGCCCAGCUGGCAAGGGCUUAGUGGCCACUCUUAGUGUCAGAGCUCUUAGAGGUGAAAAAGAGGAACCCCGUGCGGUUUUCUGCCUGCGCUCGAUGCUCAAGCUGUUUGAUCCGUGCCGCCCGUGAUAUCGGUGCAAACGGCCUCUAGUCGUUCUUGUAGACCUGUGGUUAGCGUGGUCCGAAAGAGUGCGCAUGGGUUCCUGUGGAGUGUGCGUGUGCCUGUGCUAAACUGGUGAAAGAUGUUUGGGUGACGUCAAUGUCGCGCUUUUCGGAGGUGACCGAUUACAAUUAUUGGCUGUUAGCGCGCCAUUAAUACGCCUUGUGCGCUGUGAGGUAUGAACGUGUGACACAACUGUUGUGGUCCUGAGAACGCAGGUGCGUGCUAGUACAGUCACAUGUCAGUGCAUGCAUUCAUCUGUAUUGAGCCACCCCAUUUGCCUCAGGUAUGUAACGCUCCGCGAUGUCCGCCAUGAUCAUGUGCUCUUACCUCGGUGUAAUUUCAGCCAAUUACUCGGAAGUUUAUAACAACAUUGUGACCGGCAAUAUAGUCUGGUGCAGCUG